CUUUCACCGAGUCCAUCUCUUAUUUUGGUUCUAUUCUUAGUUAUCUCAUUAUUGCAAUUCUUAUUUUCAACGGCACAUACGAUAACGUUGAAAAAGAUAAACUGAGUGGAAUAAUUAGCAUGAAUUCUUUUAUCGUAUUAUACCUUAUAUACAGAUUUACCAGAAUUGUUGAUCAAUCCGUUGAAAUAUCAGAUUUAGCUGGUUAUACUGCACGUAUAGGUCAACUUUUAGAAGCGCUUCAAGAAAUUGACAACGAGCUUGAAAAUGUUGAGAUUGAUAGUCCAUUUAGUAGUCAAUUAAGUGGUGAACUAAUAAUAACAUUCGACCAAGUUUCUAUUUCAUCUCCAUCUGGCCACCAAUUACUAUCCGAUUUCAAAUUCUUUAUAGAACAAGAAAAGAAUUUAAUGAUAAUAGGUCCUAAUGGUAGUGGUAAAACUUCACUACUGCGCGUAAUGUGUGGCCUUUGGCCAACCACAAAAGGACGCAUUAUAAUACCACGUACAAGUAACCAACAAAAAUUAUUUAUAUAUUUACCACAAACUCCAUAUUUGACCUUUGGCUCUCUACGUGAUCAAAUAACUUACCCUCUGAGAAACGAUGAAAAGACUAAACAUGGUGU